CCCGCAGACUGCUCGACGCUAUCCGUCCGCCUGCAGGUCUGCGACAACGCCCCAAGUCUGCUGCUGCUGCCCGGUGCCGUUUCAGCUGGCCAGAACUUGCUCCACCCUGUGCCGACGUGCUCACAAAACACCGCCAUCCCCAUACCCACGCGGUGCGAGCGACCUGCACGUCCGCGUCCCCACCCAAUCUGCAUCCGCAACCCUCCGCCGCCAUGAACAAUUCACCGAACGGCUUCUACGGCGGGCCGCCGCCCAUGAUGAACCCGCCGCCGCGCAUCUUCGGCAGCGGCCAGUUCGACCCGUCGCCGCUCCCGCAGAACAUGUUCGCCCACGAUGACAUGGACGACCACCACGACCAGAACGACCCGAAGAGGCGGCGGAUCGCGAGGGCCUGUGACAUGUGCAGGAAGAAGAAGAUCAAGUGCGACGGCAAGAUGCCCUCGUGCACGCAUUGCCUGAACUACAAGACCGAGUGCAUCUUCACACAGGUAGAGAAGAAGCGCCAGCCGCCAAAAGGUGCCAAGUACAUAGAAGGCCUCGAGAACCGCCUCGCACGCAUGGAGUCGCUCAUGCGCCUCUCCGGCGUGUUGCCAGACGACGACGACGGCAGCACCGACCUCGCCACCAUCGAGAAGCGCCUGACCGACCAGGCUGGCCGCUCGGGAACGCCCCGACUCAGCAUGUCAGAGGAUAACACGAUGUCGGCAGUACCCCAGUCAGGCACAACAACGAACCACGGCACACCGUCACAGGCACUGCCGAGCCCCAGAAGCGGCACAGCGUCGCCCGAGCCGGAAACACAGCCAGCAGAGAAGGGCAAAGACGGCGAGGACGCCCUUGCCGAGAUGAUGUGCUCGUUGGUCACCAACAACUACGGCGAGACAAGAUACAUCGGUUCAUCGUCGGGGUUCUCCAUUUUCUCGCCAAAGGGCAUCCAGUGGGUCAACGACAAGACCGGCGACGCCUCCUUCCAGCAGAUGAUCUCCACCGCGGCGGUAGAAGACAACAAGUGGAUCCAGUGGCGACCAGACGUCUUUCAAGACAUCUUCAAGCGCCGAGUCUACAAGCAGCUGCCACCGAAGCACGAAGCCCUGUCACUGCUGAAGGACUACUUUGAGAACUUCAAUUGCAUGUUCCCGCUAUUCCACGAGCCGACCUUCAUGCACCUGGUCGAGAAGCACUACUCGAAGGAUCCCUACGAAGGGUCUGGAUGGUGGGCCAGCUUGAACGUCGCACUGGCUUUUGCGCAUCGUCUGCGAGUCAUGAGCAAUCUUGUGCCGGCAGAGGAAGACGAGAAGGCGUGGCAGUACCUGAAAAACGCCAUGAGCGUGAUGGUGGAACUAACAAUGCGCAACACCGACUUACUUAGUGUGCAGGCUCUACUGGGUAUCGGCCUGUUCUUGCUUGGCACACCAAACCCGCAGCCAACCUACUUUUUCGUUGCCACAGCCAUGCGGCUCGCGCACAGCAUCGGACUCCACAAAAAGGGCGCCAACUUCAAUCUCAACGAUGCCGAGGUCGAACAGCGGAAACGCGUCUUCUGGAUCGCCUACAUGCUGGACAAGGACAUAUGCUUGCGCUCCGGACGACCGCCGAUCCAGGACGACGACGACAUGAAUGUUGAGCUGCCGAGCGAGUUUCCGUCCGACAACAUCGGUAAUAUCCCGCUUGCGGACGGCAAAGGCACGAUGAAUUUGUUCCGUCUCAUGUGUACUUUUGCCGUCAUACAGAGCAAGGUCUACAAGGGACUGUACUCUGUAAAGGCAUCGAAACAGACGGAUGGCGAGUUGCUCAACACAAUCGGUGAACUGGACAGGGAACUGGAGAACUGGAAAGACGACAUCGCCCUCGAGUUCCGACCCGAACACGACAUCAAGGCUUCGCACACGCCGCUCAUCCUCCAGGUUGCAGUGCUGCAUCUCGGCUACUACAACUGUCUGACCACGAUCCACCGCAUGAGCGUGCACCACGGAUACUGGACAAGUCGGCUGUCGAACUUCGCCAUCCAAGGCCUCAACGCUCGUCCACUCAACCCCCGUGUCUUCAUGUCGGCGCAGCUCUGCGUGCAAGCAGCUCGCGCUUCAAUCCACCUGCUCAAAUACAUUCCCAAGGGAGACUUAUCCUGUGUCUGGCUGGUCAUCUACUUCCCAGUCACAGCGCUUGUAACGCUGUUCGCGAACAUUCUGCAAAAUCCACAGGACACGAGAUCGCGAUCGGACCACAAGCUCAUGAAGCUGGUUGUCAACUUCCUCAACAUGCUGAACGACGAACAAGGCAGCGGGAGUGUCAAGCGCAUGUGCAGUGUGUGCGCCGAGUUCGAGCGCAUCGUAGCCAUCGUGCUCGACAAGACAGACAGAGAGCACGCGUCUCGUCGCAAGAGAAAGCAGGGCGACAGCGAGCAGGACGCCCAGAUUGAAGCCACCGCAGCCGAGCUGCUGUCAACACGCCGCCAAUCGCAAGCGCAGUCCUCCCCCAACGUCGCGCCGUCCCCACAACCACAGCCCCCGCAACAAGAAGGACUGAUCUUCAACCCAGACUUCCACGGUUUCAACGAGCCCUUCCCCUUCUCCCCGAACUUCACCCACGCCUCCCUGCAAGCCAACGCGCCCCUCCGGCCCUACAACUCGCCGGGCCUCACCGCGCAAAUGCUGCAGCAGCAAGGCAGCCUGCCCCUGACCACCGGCGCCGACGUCAACAACAUCAACAGCAACCUCAACUCCAUCGCCAUGGGCCAGUUCGAGCAGACCUUCAACUCCGUGCCCCAGGACCUGUGGAAAAUGCCCAUGACGCUUGAGUGGGACUGGGCCGAUAUGACGGGGUAUAAUGGGUAUGAAGACGGGAUUAGUAUGAAUGGCGUGAUGCCGGAUUUUUCGCAGUCGGAUCAUGGGACGAGUCAGUUUAAUCCGGGGGGUAUGAAUGGGGGGCGGUGAGGUGAGGUGAGGUGUGAGGUGUGAGAUGGUGAGAAGGGGGCGCGAGGGUGUUGUAAUGGUAAGUUUCCGGCGUUCGGACCCGAAUCACUUGUAAUGUUGAAUGUAUAAACGAUAUCGAGGGGGCGCAGAGCGUGCGAGCUUUGGCUGCGCGCGGCUUGUACGAGUACAUGAUUACGAAUAAUGUACCAUCAGCAUCUAUUUCGAUAUCCAGUCCCAAG